CGCCUGAGACAACAUAUUGAGAAAUAGUUUUGUAAAAAGUCUGGAGAGAGAAAACGCGUCUCAAAAGAUGGAGGGAGAGAGGGUAAUUCUGCCCCUCAGGAGGGUUUGGUGGGUAUAGUCCUGUAUCAUCUUGGUCAUCUGAUGAGUGGAAAUAACAGCCCCAAGUGACUGAUCUGCUUGUGCCUAGAUUUUCAUUCACCUGCAUAUGCUUCCAGUAUCAUAUCAAGUUCUUGAAGGACACCUGGAGUCAAGUUGGAUGCCAUCAGUGAAGAUGAAGACAAAGUCCAGCACACCUUGUCUGAAAGAAAAAAAUGGUCUUCAAAUCUGCCAAAAAUCAAGUGUCAUAUACAAGAAUCCUCUCUCCCAUGUUAAAGUUGGUCAAAAAGAAGUUGAUUUUUUUCAAGCACAACAUGAUGGUUCAUACUGCAGUGGAGUAUACUCGGAUGGUUUCGCAAGAGAUAAAGGUCAUGGUGAUGUAUUGCUUAAUGGAGAAGAUCGUCCACUUGAAUGUAAACAAUUACCCACAAGUGAUUCCACAACUGCUGGCAGCAUGGAUUCUACAUCGACAACCUGCACGUCAAGCUCGGAGACAAUUUUUUCUCCUAUUCUGGAGUCCAUUGAUGUCCAUAGUGUGUCGAAUGUCAAAAGUGACGGAGGAAGCAAUGAUCUUUAUCUUCCAUUGUUGGAGACAGAAGAUAGUGAUAGCAGUAGAAGCUCAUGUGAAUAUAAUUUGUGCAACAUAUCGGAUUUCUACAUUUCUGACAUAAUUGCUUCGGGCUUACCUGAUGCUGAUGGAAUAACCUAUGAUGAUGAUUCAUUAACCAUGUUUUUCUCUGAUUAUAAAUGUGAAAUACCAAACAUGUUUACUAACAUGGCUGAGGAAGACAUGGUGUUUCCUUUUCUUGAACAUACUCCUGAAGCUGUUCAUGGCAAUGAUAAUAGACCACGCACCGAAAAUGUUACUGGUUCUGACCAAUCUAGCUUAUAUAUGGCAAUCCACCAAUUAAGAUCAUCUGAUCAGGAAACUGAUGUUUUUGCACACUGUGAAUCAGAUCAAUCUAAUGUCUUUGAUCCACACAUGUUUAUUAGACACAUUCCAGAUGGGACAGAUGUGGUAAAGCCAGCUAUAUUGCCAAAUACAUUUGAGAGGAGAAAGCUAGUCACCCUAGUGCUAGAUCUGGAUGAAACACUUGUCCAUUCUACGCUGGAAGAAUGCAAUGACGCGGACUUCACAUUUCCAGUCUUUUUCAACAUGAAAGAUCACAUUGUAUAUGUGAAACAGAGGCCACAUCUUAGGUCAUUUCUGGAGAGAGUUGCAGAUAUGUUUGAAAUUGUAAUAUUCACAGCAAGUCAAAGCAUUUAUGCAAAACAGCUACUGGACAUACUGGAUCCUGACGGAAAAUAUAUUUCAAGGCGAGCUUAUCGUGAAUCAUGCAUCUUUUCCGAUGGUAGCUACACUAAAGACUUGACAGUGUUGGGCGUUGAUCUUGCGAAAGUUGUAAUAAUUGAUAAUUCCCCACAGGUUUUCAGGUUACAAGUGAACAAUGGCAUUCCUAUUAAGAGUUGGUUUGAUGACCCUUUUGAUUCUGCACUAAUUUCACUUCUGCCAUUUCUUGAGACAUUGGCAAAUGCAGAUGAUGUUCGUCCUAUCAUUGCUGAGAAAUUUGGUAACAAGGAAAAAGAGUUACGCUUGCAGAUCCUUUAACAGAUCCUUGUCUUUUCCGUCCUUUUAAAAACAUUUAGGUGCUUAUUUUUUUGUCCACUUUUAGUUUUGAUAUUAAUUAAAAAAAUCAAAUAAGAAUAUUACCUCUUAUCUGCGUUUACUUCUUUAGCUCAACUCGUUGACAAGCUUUUUGUGAGUUCAUCUAAUUGUUGCAGAUGGUAGUUGACCAUAGUUCCUUGGUCUGUGCAAUGUGUACAGUUAAAGAUUCUUAUGAAAACAGUUAUAGGUUCUCAUUCCCUUACAAGUUUGUGUAUAUCAGUAUUCUAUCAUUUAUUAUAUGAAAUGAAUUUUGUGGCCUUCCGGAAGUUCUGCAUCUGAUUGAUUCUUCACUUUUACACGUGUGUAUAUUAAGUGAGGCUUUGAAUAUCUAAUUCUAACCUGUUGUGUACAACUUUACCUCUAACCUGGAACAAAUCUUUACAUCUUCAUUUUCUUUGGGAAAUUAAAUUUGGGGGCUACAUAGUUGAGAUUGUUUUAUGAAAUUAUUAUAUAUGCGCCCCUAUUUCUGAAUUGAGGGUUCAGAUCUGAAAUCAUCGAUUGGUAGAUUGUGGUUCUUGAUUUGUCGCAGGUAAUUGAAUUUAGAUUGUUGGCAAUUUUAAAGCUUUAAUAGAAUUGUUUAGCAUUUUCCAUCAUUUACAAUGGAGCCAAAGAUUCAAUUUUUUUGGUUUGAGAAUAUGCUGGAAUAAAGCAAAAUGGCUCACUAAACUGUCUGCGCUUCUUUGUUAUGAAGCAGCAGUCAGUCCAUGCAAUUUUGGAUGCGAUUUUCACUAUGGGUCAUCCGGAAACAGUCUCUCUGUGCUUUAGUACAGGGGUUAGUACAGGGGUAAGACUGCAUACAUCCGACCCCCCCUCACCCCAACGUAGGUGGGAACCUUUGCGGCACGGGGUAAAUGAAAAUGAAAAUGAAUAGAAUUGUAUAGCACUGAGUGGAUUAUUUAUAGCCCCUCCUAGUUUCUGCCUCCAUCGACCUGUUCCAUCUCUGCUAUCUAUCUUGUUUAAUUAAUGACAGGUCAUAUAACAAAAGCUUGCUAAGACAUUAAGAUUCCUGUUUAUGCUGAUAACGGCAAGAAAAAGACGACCGGUUUGGGAUCAAUGGACCUAAUAGCUAUGAUAUUUUAGUAAUAAAUCUGGUGUGUCCUCUUUUGGACUUUUUACAGUUGAAUCCAUUAUCUGCAGGUCCUUUGGAGAUACCUAUUGUUUUGACCACGAAGUGGACUAAUAUUAGGUAUGCCAUAUACAUUUUUGAAUUUUGUUUUCUCCAACUUUUGCACAACCGGAAGGAACAGAGCAAUAUUUUCUGCCUGUUCCAUCUGCUGCCCCUCUCCUUUUUUUUUUUCUGAACAAGUUUCCCCUUUUUGUAUAAGAUCUAGAGAAAACUCAAUUCAAGUUGUGGGAAAUUUUAUAGCAUUAGAGUCUUUCCUCGCGUUGUUUAAGUCAAUGUGUCUAUUGUGUAUAAUGCUAACUUAUAAGGUUGUUGUUUGGCGUCUGUGUCAUCAGGGGCAAUGUGUUUAAUAAAACUCUUAUUCUGCCCAUGAGAUUGUAAAAACGACUGUUGCUUUCAUUGAGGAGCAGUGUAAUGAUUAAACAUUCUUGAAGCUUGUUAUAGAAUUGUGUUUGUUUUAUCUUGUUGUUUUCAUUGCUGUUCUGUGCAAAUAUUAUUUUUGGAGAAAAAUAUAAGGUCUAGCUAGCAGCUAUAUCAGAGUUAUGCGGGACUGUGGAGUGUGCUAUCAUCAUGUUUGGCUGAGUGUUGAUUUAACCUUGAUGAGCGUCAUUGUUGUGUAGUUUAAGUGGCUGAAUCAAUUUCUGUUAUACCAUGCGUGUGAAUUUAGCUUUUGGUUGGGUGUGCUUUUCUUAAAUAUGGUCAGGGGUCUGCGUUUGAUUAUUUUUUCUUCCUUUUGCUAGAUGAUUUUAAAUGUACUGUUUAAUGAUAUUAAAAUAUGUUAUUUCACAUGUCAACUACUCCGUAUUUCAUGGAUAAUACUCCCUUGGUCAACAUAAAUCACUCUUAGUCUUUUACUUUAUAUAUCAAAAGUUUAUGAAAUUUGAAUUAUUUUUUGCAGGCUUUGUAGCAGUUUUAAUGUAGUUUCUGAAUAUGUAAAUUUUAUUUUCUAAAACUAAUUUGAGUGUUAACAGAGAUCAAUUUGCUUUAAAGUAUCAUACAAAUUGGGACGGAGAGAGUAUAAAACACCAAUUGGUUGUCGAAGUUUGAGUUUGUUUGGUAACAUUAAAAUUAGUUGCAUAGGUUAAAUCGUUUAAUAAACUGAAUAGGACCGGGUGGGUUGGCAUGGAAACUGAUGAACCGGACUCCUAGCCGGUCUGGAUAGACACUAGCCCGCAAACAUAGGUAAAAUUGAAAAUACCCGAAGACCUGUCUAGGCCCGGGUGCAACCCGGACCCGCGCAAACCCUCAUGUGCCGUGAAAGAGCUGAACAAUCAUUCCAGCCGACCAUUACGCCUUGUUGUGGACACUUGUGGUUAGUCUUGGACCCGGUUCGGGCCGCCCGGUUCUUGGGUCCGGAUCCGGGUCGGGCCUAGGCCCGGUGGGGGGGUGGGUCCGGGCUCGGGUCUUAUAUUUGGCGAACCGCCCUGGCUGGGUCGGGCCUGUGUAGGGGUGGACUCGGGCUGGGCGGCCCGGAACCGGCCCGGCCCGGUUACUGUUUGGCCCGGCCCGGCUCGGGGCCCCGGUGGGUCCACCGGUUCGGUUCGGCCCGGCCUGGCUGCUGGGCGGUUCGGGCUCGGGCCCAGUUUUGGUGAACAGGCUCGGCCGGUUCGGGCCCGGUUCGGGCCGGUUUUUAAUUUUUUUUAUUUUUUUUUUUGAAUUUUUUUUAAGUUUUGUGUUGGAUUAGGUAUUUUGGGCCAUUUGAGGUGGUUUGGGGUUGAGGGGGAGGGGGUUAAAUAGAAGAGCCAAAAAAAAAAAAAUUAGAACCGGUUAGGCCCGGCCCGGCCCGGUUUGGCCCGGAACCGGAACCAGAACCGCCCACCGGCGGUUCGGGCUCGGGCCCAACUUUCCUGGCCCGAGACCCGGCCGGGCCCAGGCCCGAACCGGGCCCGAACCGGUCCGAGUCCACCCAUAGGUCCGGGGUAGUGAUGGACCAGGGUCGGGCCAAGGCCCGGUCGGGCCUCGGGUCUGGUAAAGGUAGGCCCGGGACCGGCCCGGGCAAUGGCCGGUUCCGGUUCGGGCCGGGCCACCCGGCCGGGUCACGGGUUGGGCCACCCGCCGGGCUUGGCCGGGCCAGUAUCUUUUUUUUUUAAAAAUUAAUUAUAUAUUAUACAAAUUCCUAUUAAAAACAAAGUUCAAGUGCAUUUAUUUGAAAUAGGAACUACAUUUGAGAAUUGAGAAAAAAUUACAAUACGAAAUACAUUUUCUAAUGAAUAUCAAUUGGAAUUUCCGCCACCGUUGGUUGUUGUUUUCCCUUUGUCACAGGACUUCAUAUGUUUUAUUGGCAUCUCGUAUCUGUGUGAACGCCUCAAGCAACACUCUUUCUUGCACCACCUUCAAGUUGCCCACCACAGUUCGGUCUUCGGGUCCUUCCACUUGUCAAAAUUGUUUUGCAUAAGGGAGGAUGUACUUUCCAUAUUUAAAAUGGUAUAUGUAUAAGUAGGAUUGUAGGAAUGUAGGAAUGUAGGAAUGUAGGAGUGUAGGAUAAUAAUAGAAGAUGAAGAUGGAGAAGAGUUGGAGAAGAGUUGGAGAAGAGGUGUAGAAAAAUGUUAGAAAAUAGAUGUAUUUAUAGAUGUUUUUGAACCCCACUCCCCACACCACCACCCCCGGGACCCCCUUGCCCCCCACCCAUAGCCCCAACGGCUAUAUAGCCGUUUGGGAGGUUUUAUUUCAAUUUUUUUUUAAAGUUGUACAUAUUGGAAAAUAAAUUAAUUAAUUUAAUGAAUUAAGU